AUGGUAGCAUUCACCAACAUCUCUUUCUCCUUCCUUCGCUUUUGCACUGUUAGUGUAGCCAACAACCAAUUUAGUGGACAGAUCGAAGAAUUUCCCGUUGUAAACGAUCUUGUUUGGCUAGAUUUGAGUAAUAAUAGGAUACAAGGUCCUCUUCCUAGCUCCUUCUUCCGUUUUCAAAACAUUUCCGUUCUUUGGCUUUCUGACAACUUGUUCGAUGGCACUUUUGAACUGCGAAAGAUUCAAAGUCUUUCAAAGCUUACGCGAUCUCUUUCUUACAACAACUUGUCUGUCGACACUGACAACUUAAGCUUGAAUUCUGAAGGUUUCCCCCAGUUUGAUACGUUGCACCUUGCGUCAUGCAAUCUGUACGAGUUUCCAAAUCUCAGAAAUCAAUCCGUGGACCUCUGGAACAACCACAUCGGAGGGGAUAUUCACAACAUACUAACUGGAGUGAUUCCGACCUCCAUCUGCACUAUAUCUCCGCUUAGCGUUCUCGAUUUGUCUUUCAAUAACCUGAGUGGUAGCAUAACGAAAAAUACUGCGGGCGGGAAGGUUCCUAAGUCUCUGAUAAAUUGUAACAACUUAGAGGUGUUGAACGUUGGAAACAACAACCUCGAGGGUAGUUUCCCUUGCAUGUUGCCGUUGAGCUUGCGCAUUCUUGUUUUGCGUUCCAACAAAUUCCAAGGAGACUUGAGAUGUCGAAGAAGUUGGCCGGAUCUUCAAAUUCUGGAUAUAUCUUCAAAUAAUUUCGGUGGCUCCAUGGAUAUGCUAAACUUCUCGAGUUUGAGAGGAAUGAUGCUACAGAGUCCUACACAUUCCAGGCUCCAGGGGAUGAUCCCAACUGGCCCUCAAUUCCAAACGUAUUCGGCAGAUAUGUUUGAAGGAAACCCGGGGCUAUGUGGUUUCCCACUCGACAGAAGUUGCAGCAGCUCUCGUGGACCCGCUUCAACGCCAUCAGAAGUGAAAGAUGAGGAGAUUGAGUGGGAAUAUGUGUUUGCUGCUUUUGGUUAUGUUGUGGGAUUCGGAAGUAUAGCAUGUGCACUUUUAUGUUGCAGAAGCUUCAGAGAAAGAUACUUCGAGAAGAUAGAGGAGGUUGUUGACGAGAUAUUCUACGAGAGAGGAAGAAGAAUAAGAAGGCAUGAAAGAAGAAUAAGGCAUGAAAGAAGAAUAAGUUCCCAGCUUUCAGUUUGGCAAUAG